AAAAUAAAAUAAAACCAAAAUCCAACUUACAUAAAUCGAUCCUUUUUUUUUUUUUGAACAAAGAAAAAAACAAAGGCAGAGUCAGAGUCAGGCAAGCAAUAAUGUCGUCAAACAAACAAACAUACAAAGUAUGUUUCUGUUUCCGGCGAAGAUUCCGGCUAGCAGCCACAGAAGCACCGGCUCAGAUCAAGUCAUUAUUCGAUGAGUAUUCAGAAAACGGGAUAAUGAACGCUGAAUGCUUUAAGAGGUUUUUAGUUGAAGUUCAAAAAGAAGAGAAAGCUACAGUUGAAGAUGCACAAUCCAUUAUGCAUUCAACUGCCCAUAUUUUUCAUAGAAAAGGAUUUAAUCUUGAAACCUUUUUUAAGUAUCUUUUUGGUGAUCUUAAUCCUGCACUUGAUCCUAAUCCUUCGGUUCAUCAUGAUAUGAAUUUACCGUUGUCUCACUACUUUAUCUUCACCGGUCAUAAUUCCUAUCUAAUUGGGAACCAACUGAGCAGUGACUGUAGUGAUGUACCGAUCAUUCAAGCUUUGGAGAGAGGUGUAAGAGUCAUUGAGUUAGAUAUAUGGCCUAACUCGGCCAAGAAUGACGUGGAUGUUCUACAUGGAAGGACUUUGACCACUCCAGUUCAAUUGAUUAAGUGUUUAAAGUCUAUCAAGGCUCAUGCCUUUGUUGCAUCCGAGUACCCUGUUGUAAUUACCCUGGAAGACCACCUUACUACAGAGCUUCAAGCUAAAGUGGCUAAGAUGAUUACUGAAACAUUUGGAGACAUGCUUUUUACUCCCGAGACAGAAAGUUUAGCGGAAUUCCCAUCUCCUGAAAGUCUGAAAAAAAAGAUUAUUAUAUCUACUAAACCUCCAAAAGAAUACCUUAAAGCAAAAGAAGCCAAGGCUGGUGGAAAUGGUUCGCAGAAGGAGAAUGACUCGGCUGCGGAAGCUUGGGGUGGUGAAAUACCCAGCUUUAAAUCUAGAAGUACUGCUGAUUUUAAGGAGGAUUUGGAAGAAGAAGUGGAAGAAGAGGAAGAUAUUCAAGAUGACCAUUGUGCCCCUGAAUAUAGGAAUCUGAUUGCUAUACAUGCUGGAAAGGGUAAGGGUGGUUUAGACGAUUGGUUGAGAGUUGACCCCGAUAAAGUUAGACGUCUUAGCUUAAGCGAGCAAGAGCUUGAAAAGGCGGCAAAAACUCACGGGCCGCAGAUUGUCAGGUUCACCCAGAGGAAUAUUCUGAGAGUGUACCCCAAGGGAAUACGGUUUGACUCAUCUAACUACAACCCACUGAUUGGGUGGAUGCAUGGAGCUCAGAUGGUUGCAUUUAAUAUGCAGGGCUAUGGAAGGUCGCUUUGGGUGAUGCAAGGAAUGUUCAAGUCCAAUGGUGGUUGCGGAUAUGUUAAGAAACCUGAAAUCUUGAUGAAAAAUGAGUCCAUCUUUGAUCCUAGAGUCAAAUUACCUGUCAAAGUAACCCUGAAGGUGACUGUGUAUAUGGGUGAAGGAUGGUAUUUUGAUUUCAAGCAUACACAUUUUGAUGCAUACUCACCUCCAGAUUUCUACACAAGGGUCGGAAUUGCUGGAGUGCCUGCUGAUACUAUAAUGAAGAGAACAAAGGCAAUUGAGGACAACUGGAUCCCGGCAUGGAAUGAAGAGUUUGAAUUCCCAUUAACAGUUCCUGAACUUGCUCUUCUCCGAAUUGAAGUUCAUGAGUAUGACAUGUCAGAAAAGGAUGAUUUUGGUGGACAAACAUGCCUACCCAUUUCAGAGCUGCGUAAAGGGAUCCGAGCUGUUCCACUGCACAGCCAGAAAGGUGACAAGUAUAAGUCGGUAAAGCUACUUAUGAGCUUCGACUUUGUUUAAUUUAAUUCACGUGCCAUUCAGGUAUCAGUAAUGGGUUGCCUUUUGCAUUUAUUGUGUUUAUGUGUCAGCAUGUUGAUGAGAACCUUGUGUACAAUGUUUGUAUGUAUGUAUGUAUGUAUGUUAUAUUGUUAUAUGUCGGAGUGAUUUAUAUGUGAAUAUGUCUGAGAAGUGUUGUACAAACCCACGAGAAAAUAUGUAUGUUUUUGACAGUUACAAUGUGUUUCCUUGUAUAUAUGAUUGUUCCAAACA